AUUAACGUACCAGUCGACAAAGUGCAGUCGACCAGUGAGCAGUGGGAAACGUGACGCAAAACCGUCUCCACGAUCAGUUGCAGAACGGCGAUCAAAACGCGCGCGCAGAUUUGGCCGAGAUUCGUUAGCACGCCGGUGUUGUUUGGAUUUGUUUUUUGGCAGCCACCCGGCGGCUAGUAGUGGUAUCGGUAGCCCUACAGUUCAUGAGCAAUAGUAGUAGUACUGCACAUGUCAUUGCUUGGCUGCGGUUGUCAUACCGUCGAUGGGUUUCUUAUUCUGAAAUAUCAAUUCUUUGCCAGGAGCGUUGCGCGUGUUGUUGUCCGUAACAGUGAACCGACCGUCAGUUGAUCGUAGGUCGCGGAUGCGCUCGGAUCGGUUUGCACUAAAGAAUAUCGGAAUUCGGAGAACAUUUCGUGGUGAUAUGGGAUUCAUUUGCUAUCGGAAAAUAACUGCAAUACUGUUGAAUAAUUUGACAAUUUCCGAAUUCACAAGCUCUAUUUGCCCAAAGUAAAUCAAAGCUCAACAAUAGAAUCUAUUUUCAAAACAUUGUACUAUUCUCACAGUGUCUCAAGGCGAAUGUCAACGCUGUUUUGGUGGUGAAUGUGUGUGGUGCCGUUCUAUGCUGUAUUAGGCUGUUUGUUACGCCUGCAAAGUCGGAGUGUUGCGAAUCAGCUGUGCAAACCAAGUAGGGUACAAACAACUGCUGUUUGGCGUUAUUUGGCGACGCUAAAAUUCCGGUCCGCUCUAUAAAACUCUUAACCGGUCUGGCGAUAUAGUGAACCGUUUUGACAUUUAAGGUUGGGAUACGAACAUCGACAUCUAGAGACGACCUCCUAGGCUGGCGAACUACGAUGACGGCCGACAAGGGACACAGCAAUACGGCAUUCGUAGGUGAUGACGAGGUGAACAACAAAAAAGCCGUCCAUGCGAAGAACAUUAGCUCCAACAGCUAUGUGCUUGAAAUUCAGGAGAAGAAACCCGGUCUCGAGCUGGACUACAACCCGUACGAGCACAGGCACGUGGAGCAUCCGACGACGAACAAUGAAACAUUGAUCCACCUGUUGAAGGGUUCCCUGGGAACGGGAAUUCUGGCGAUGCCAAAUGCUUUCCAUCACGCCGGCUGGCUGGUGGGUUCCAUCGGUACCCUGCUGAUCGGUAUACUGUGCACUUACUGCAUUCACCUGCUGAUCAAAGCCGAGUUCGAGCUUUGUCGACGGAAACGAGUUCCUAGCCUUAACUAUCCAGCUGUGACGCAAACCGCUCUGCAGGAGGGCCCGGAAAUGCUGAAACCGUUGGCCAAUAUUAUUGUACAUAUCAUCAACGUUUUUCUACUGAUCUAUCAGCUAGGCACGUGCUGCGUGUAUGUGGUGUUCGUUUCUUCGAACAUUAAAGCCAUUGCCGACUACUACACCGAGAGUGACACCGACGUGCGGCUGUUUAUGCUGAUCAUCUUGCUGCCCUUGAUCUUGAUCAACUGGGUUCGAAAUCUGAAAUUUUUGGCACCGUUCUCGACGCUCGCUAAUUUAAUUACGCUGGUAUCUUUCGCCAUAAUUCUCUACUACAUUUUUCGUGAGCCGGUGUCGUUCGAGGGACGGGAAGCGGUCGGAAAUAUUCUGGAAUUUCCGCUAUUCUUCGGAACGGUUCUAUUCGCUCUGGAGGCCAUCGGUGUGAUUCUACCCCUCGAAAAUGAAAUGAAAACGCCUAAGAAAUUUGGUGGAAACUUUGGUGUUCUCAAUAAAGCCAUGGUGCUAAUUGUAUUUCUUUACAUUGGAAUGGGUUUCUUCGGCUAUCUGAACUACGGUGCGGACUCGAAAGGUUCGAUUACACUCAACUUGCCGGAACAGGAAAUCUUGGCUCAAUGCGUGAAAGGAAUGUUGGCUUUCGCAAUUUACAUCACUCAUGGACUGGCCUGUUACGUAGCGAUCGACAUAACCUGGAAUGAUUACCUGAAGAAAAACUACGGCGAAUCAACACGAAGCACCUUCUACGAGUACGUGGUUCGUACCGUUCUGGUUUUAAUCACAUUCCUGUUGGCGGUUGCCAUUCCGAAUCUGGAGCUUUUCAUCUCUCUGUUCGGAGCCCUCUGUUUGUCGGCACUGGGGAUCGCCUUCCCGGCAUUGAUUCAAACCUGUACCUACUGGCACGAACGGCACGGUCUUGAGAAGGUCUGGAUGGUUUCCAAGAAUGUUGUUAUAGGUGUCAUAGCCGUUUUCGGAUUGGUCGUGGGAACGAGCACUAGCCUGAAAGAGAUUAUUCACACUUUCGGUGAUCAUGAUUAAAUUGCACGGAGAAAUUGAAUCCUAUGUUCCAAAAGCAAUAUUAAGCACUAGAAAAAAAAAGCAGUGAUUUCAGACGCACGUUAGACGUGAGAUAGUAUUAUUAACUGUUACUGUUGCUAGGGAGUUUUGAAGAGACACUUGUUUUUGACAAGAUCGUCUGGUUGUUUCAAUGAGACGAGGAUGAAAAUCGACACGUCUCUUUAAAUCUCAGUCCUUCGAGACAGGAGAAAAACAAUGAUAGCAUUCCUAAGUGAUUUUUAACUGUUAUGUUUAAGUCAAAUGUAUUGAAAAUAUUUAUGGGUUAUAUAGUAUUAUUUGCAUAAACCGAACCCACGGAUAGCUGUUGAAUUAUAUGUUAAGACCUCAUUUGUAAUUGCAUCGAUAGAGUAAUGUGCUGUCCUUGUGCCAACUUUCCUGAACAAUAGUUUCAUAAAUCACGUUGAGAUUGAGAUAACAUAUUCAACUGCAUCGAAGAAUAUUAUUCGCGAAUUUCAGAGCAUUUCUCCUGUUUAGAUGUUUAGUAUUUGACCAAUAAACUGCUUGAACAUUAA